UCUCAAACCUGCUACAGGACUUGGACAGGUUGUAAGGAGAGAGAGAGAGAGAGAGAGAGAGAAUGGUGUCUGGAAGACCUCACGGUGAACUAUACACUUACUUUGCAGUAGAGCUGGUGAUCAUGGCGGCCACGAUCAUGCUGGCCUACUACUUCGAGUACACGGACACGUUCAACGUGCACGUUCAGGGAUUCUUCUGCUACGACAGCGCCUACACCAAGCCGUACCUGGGACCGGAGGAGCGGAGCGCCGUCCCGCCCGCGCUGCUCUACGCGCUGGUGGCCGGUGUGCCCACACUCGUGAUAACCGUAACGGAAGCUGCACUCUUCCUGAUGCAGUAUACAUCGAACGAUGUGGAUAGUGGAAAGAAGACCUUUGUUAAUGGAGACUGUUGUUACCUGAACCCUCUGGUGCGCAGGAUAUUCCGGUUUUUGGGCGUGUACAUGUUUGGCCUCUUCACUACGGACAUCUUUGUUAAUGCGGGUCAGGUGGUGACAGGAAACCUGGCUCCUCACUUCCUGACCGUGUGUAAACCCAACUACACGGCACUGGGCUGUCAGCAGGCGUUACGCUACAUCAGUCACCAGCAGGCCUGCACGGGCAACGAGGACGACAUCCUGCGCGCCCGCAAAACCUUCCCAUCGAAAGAGGCGGCGCUCAGCGUCUACGGCGCGCUGUAUCUAGCCAUGUACAUCACUUGUACGAUGAAAACCAAAGGAACCAGGCUCGCCAAGCCGGUCACGUCUCUGGGGUUGAUGUGUCUGGCCUUCCUGACGGGCGUAAACCGGGUGGCAGAGUACCGCAACCACUGGUCAGACGUAAUAGCUGGAUUUAUUAUUGGAGUGGCCAUUGCUACAUUUCUGGUUGUGUGUGUAGUUCAUAACUUUAAAGGCAGCCUGCUGUUGAGUGACGAGCCCCAGCAGGAGGACUCGCCGAGCGUACAGAGAGCGGAAAGCCCCCUGGAGAAGUACAUCGCCUCCCAGAAUCACAUCACCUUCGAUGAAGUCACAUGACCUUGAGUCAGCGGUGUGGCAGACACAUUGGACAUCCA